UCAGGCCUCCCUGGCUGGGCGGGGCUGGGGGGACCCCCAGGAGGUAAAAAGGGCCCCGCGGCUGGCAGGCCCCAUACCUUCUAGGCAGCGGCAUGGCUUUCCUCUGGCUCCUCUCCUGCUUCGCCCUGGUGGGGGCCGCCUUUGGCUGCGGGGUCCCCGCCAUCCCCCCCGUGCUCAGCGGCUUGACCAGGAUCGUCAAUGGGGAGGACGCCGUUCCCGGCUCCUGGCCCUGGCAGGUGUCCCUGCAGGACAACACUGGCUUCCACUUCUGCGGAGGCUCCCUCAUCAGCGAGGACUGGGUGGUCACCGCCGCCCACUGCGGGGUCAGGACCUCCGACGUGGUCGUGGUCGGGGAGUUUGACCAGGGCUCUGAUGAGGAGAACAUCCAGGUCCUGAAGAUCGCUGAGGUCUUCAGGAACCCCAGCUUCAGCAUUUUCACCAUGCGCAAUGACAUCACCCUGCUGAAGUUGGCCACACCCGCCGUCUUCUCCCAGACGGUGUCCGCCGUGUGCCUGCCCAGCGCCGACGAUGACUUCCCCGCGGGGACAGUGUGCAUCACCACAGGCUGGGGCAAGACCAAGUACAACGCCGACAAGAUCCCUGACAAGCUGCAGCAGGCGGCCCUGCCCCUCCUGUCCAAUGCCGAGUGCAAGAAGUUCUGGGGCAGCGAGAUCACCAACGAGAUGAUCUGUGCUGGGGCCAGCGGUGUUUCCUCCUGCAUGGGUGACUCUGGAGGCCCUCUGGUCUGCCAGAAGGACGGAGCCUGGACCCUGGUGGGCAUUGUGUCCUGGGGCAGCCGCACCUGCUCUACCACCACACCUGCCGUGUACGCCCGUGUCACCAAGCUCAUACCUUGGGUGCAGAAGAUCCUGGCCGCCAACUGAGCCUGCAGCUCCUGCCACCCCUGCCCCAAGAGUUGCCAUUAAAUCCAUCUGUUAAGACAGCA